AUAGACCUGGCAACCCUGAGUCUGGACUUCCUGGCGAGGCGGGGCUCAGCAGCAGCUAACUAACAUCUGGCGAAGAGCUCGAGCUCUCCACCUCGGGCUGCAGAGACAUCUCUUAGCGACGAGCCCUGUGGUCUGCCUCUAGCCUGUCUAUGAACUGAAGUGCCUCAUUUCUAAAAGAACAGAGCGUCCUCAUCAUGUCUGCAGCAGCUCCCAACAGUAAGAGCCAGUCCAGUCUCAGAGAAGACUUGACCUGCGCCAUCUGCUGUGACCUCUUUACUGAGCCGGUGAUGCUGGCGUGCAUGCAUCACUUCUGUAAGCACUGUAUCAGUACCUACUGGAGGGGUACCCAGACACCGGUUUCCUGUCCCCAGUGUAGGAAGGAGUUCACCAACAAACACUUCCAGACCAACUAUCUGGUGACGGCCAUGGUGGAGAAGGUUAGGGCCUCCACCUCUGACUGUUAUGUCCAGAAUAUCCAGAAACAACAGAAGGAUUCGUUGGAGGCCCACAGACGGAGACGAGAGGAUUUCAUCACUGUUCUAAAUGGAGACAAGGACAAGAUGGAGAGCAUCAAGAGAAUUGGCUCUGAGCUGCAGGUGCGGAUCCAAGGGGAGUUCCAGGCGUUGCAGGCCUUCCUUGCGGAGGAGGAGGCGUGUGUGUUGGACCGGCUGCGGAGGGAGCAGGAGGUGGCUCUGGAACAGCUGCAGCGCCACCUGGAGGCUGUCCGAGAGGCUGUCAGUCAGCUGGACCACAGUAUGAGAAUCCUGCAUGAGGCUGCUACUACCACGCACCAGACUGGACUAGUAGAGCUUCCCCAGAUACGGCCUCCAUUAGACGUGGGCCCAGGACCAGAGCUAGACUUGAAUGGCUUCAGCAGUAGAUACAUGGCACCGCUGCAGUACAUCACGUGGAGGAAGAUGUUCAAGUCUCUCAAACCCGGUCCGGCCCCGGUGACGUUCGACGUGGACACGGCCCACCCCAGUGUCUACGUAUCCAGAGACAGAACCAUCGCAGUAGACUGUGAUAGCAUGACCCCCUACCAGCCCAACCCUAAGAGGUUCCUACAGUCUGUCAACGUGCUGGGGGCUCAGGGCUUCCAAGAUGGACGCCACUACUGGGAGGUAGGAGUGGGCAGCAAGGCCAAGUGGGACCUGGGUGUGGCAUCGGAGAGGGUUGACCGCCAGGCCCGGGUCAAGCUGAGUCCUGAGAGCGGUUACUGGACCCUACGACUGAGAGAGGGAGACCAGUACUCUGCAGGCACACAGCCCUGGACACGGCUCCAGGUUGGGUGUUCUCCCCAGAGGAUAGGGGUGUUCCUGGACUGUGAUGAGAGGAAGGUGUCCUUCUACAACGCUGAUGACAUGAGUCUCCUGUACUCUUUUAGUAACGGCCCCAGGGGCAGAGUGCUGCCCUUCUUUAGUCCCUGUGUCAAUGAUACUAACCGGAAACCACAGCCCAUACAGCUGCUGCACUAUCCUCCUGUUGACCUGUCCCGUUAGGACAGGUGUGUCAAUGAUACUAACCGGAAACCACAGCCCAUACAGCUGCUGCACUAUCCUCCUGUUGACCUGUCCCGUUAGGACAGGUGUGUCAAUGAUACUAACCGGAAACCACAGCCCAUACAGCUGCUCCACUAUC